AUGUCGCGUCAUUUGUACAUUUUCUUUAUUACGUCGCGUGAUUUAUACCUUCGCCCGGUGCGUUUAACUGCUGAGAGAGGCUCCGACGAGCUUCUUUCGCAGAGUGGCGUGACCGUCAUGGCACCCGCCGCUCCGCACCACGCUGAUAACAACAACCAGGACUCCGCCGCGAAAAAGGUGAAACUGGAACAGAAUGUUGGCAAGCCGUCGAGGGUAAUCCACAUACGGAACAUACCCAAUGAGACGACAGAAGCCGAGAUCAUACAACUGGGCCUGCCUUUCGGGAGGGUCACUAAUGUGCUCGUGCUCAAGGGCAAAAAUCAGGCCUUCCUUGAAAUGGCGGAGGAGAUAUCGGCGGUGGCAAUGGUUGCAUACUUCGGAGGUUGCGUAGCACAGCUGCGUGGCAGAGCGGUCUACGUCCAGUUCUCCAACCACAAGGAGCUCAAGACCGAUCAGACGCACAGCAAUGCAUCGGCUUCGGCGCAGGCGGCGCUUCAAGCUGCCCAGGCGAUCUCCAACAGCGCCGGGGCGGCGCUGGUCGCUGGGGCUGGAGCAGCACUGCAGCCCGCUAACGGAGGCACAGAAAUACAGGGUGGCCCCAACACAGUCCUACGUGUGAUCAUAGAACACAUGUUAUACCCGAUAGUACUUGACGUGUUGUACUCCAUCUUCCAACGAUAUGGCAAGGUGCUCAAGAUUGUCACAUUCACUAAAAAUAAUUCAUUCCAAGCUCUCAUUCAGUAUCCAGACACCGUAUCGGCACAGACAGCGAAAACAGCGCUUGAUGGACAGAACAUUUACAAUGGGUGCUGCACGCUGCGCAUCGACUACUCAAAGAUGACGUGCCUGAACGUGAAGUAUAACAACGACAAGUCGCGGGACUACACAAACCCGACGCUGCCGUCCGGAGACGGUGAUGCGCACCAGCUGUUGACCAGUGGUGGAGUAUUAGCUCCGCAGUUCCUCGGUCUGGGCUCAGGCCUAGCUUCACCGUACGGAGUAGGAGUUGGCGGUGUGGGCCUGCCAGCCUUCGGUGCUCUGACCCUGACACCCGCGUCCCCCGCACUCCGCGCUCUGGCUGCGCCCCCGCUUCCAUUAGCCACCGUGCUCCUCGUGUCAAACCUGAAUGAAGAGAUGGUCACGCCUGACGCUCUCUUUACCCUUUUCGGAGUGUACGGUGAUGUGCAACGGGUGAAGAUUCUUUACAACAAGAAGGAUUCGGCUCUCAUUCAGAUGGCAGAACCUCAUCAGGCCCAUCUAGCAAUGACCCACAUGGACAAGCUUCGCGUAUUCGGCAAGGCAAUGCGCGUGAUGCUGAGCAAGCAUCAGACCGUGCAGCUGCCCAAGGAGGGGCAGCCUGAUGCUGGACUCACCAGGGAUUACUCGCAGAGCCCCCUGCACAGAUUCAAGAAGCCCGGCAGCAAGAACUAUCAGAACAUUUAUCCACCAAGCGCCACUCUACAUCUGUCCAACAUUCCAGCUACCAUUUCCGAGGACGAUAUCAAGGACGCAUUCACUAAGCGAGGAUUCCCAAUUAAAGCUUUCAAGUUCUUCCCGAAGGACCGCAAGAUGGCGCUGGUGCAGUUGCCGUCGAUCGAUGACGCGGUGGCAGCACUUAUCAAGAUGCACAACUAUCAGUUGUCAGAGUCCAACCACCUCAGAGUGUCUUUCUCUAAAUCGAGUAUCUAA